AUUCUACAAAGUAUUUGUUUGAAGACGAAAAUCUGGUUCAUAAGUAGAUAUUGACGUUGAACUUUUUGAUGGCUACUGCUUCUAAAACAGAAAGUAGACUUGUUACAGAGCAAAAUAUUUUCAAUUAUUGCAUCUCUGGUGAUUUGAAAUCAUUAAAAGAAUGUGCACGUUCUGUUGGUCAAGUAGUUCAUAAAAAUUCACUUGAUGGUCAAACUUGUCUCAUUGUAGCAUGUAGAAAUGGACAUUUAGAUGUUGCUGAGUACUUAAUCGAUUUUCAUGGAGCAGAUGUUGAACAAGUUGGUGUUGUAGAAUUUGAAGGUGAACAAGUAGAAGGUGUACCUCCAUUAUGGUGUGCUUCAGCAGCUGGACAUUUAAAAUUAGUUGAAUUGUUAAUUAGUCGUGGUGCAGACGUUAAUCGAACAACAAUUACUAAUUCAACAGCUCUUCGUGCUGCUUGUUUUGAUGGACAUGAACAAGUUGUUCGAUAUCUUGUUGAACAUGGAGCAAAUAUUGAAAAUCCAAAUCGUCACGGUCAUACUUGUCUCAUGAUUAGUUGUUAUCGUCGUCAUGAUAGUAUUGUAGAAUAUCUACUUAGUAAAAAUGCUCGAGUUAAUCGAAGAAGUGCUAAAGGUAAUACUGCAUUACAUGAUUGUACAGAAAGUGGUAAUCUGAAAUGUUUACAAUUAUUAUUAAAUCAUCGAGCUAUUAUGCGUAAAGAUGAAUAUGGUCAAUUACCAAUUAUGUCCGGUGCGAAUGCAGCUUUCAAAAAAAUUGUAGAUUAUUUGGCUACUGUUGAAAUUCCUGAUUCAACACAAACAAUUAGUAUUAGUGAAAAAGCUGCCGCAUAUGAUCUACUUGGUGCUAGUCUAUUCGAUCGACAUUCAUUAAUUCAGGAUGCUAUAGCUGCUUGGUAUCAUGCAAUCAAUUUACGCCAAGAAUUAUCUACUUAUAAUAAUAAUAAUGGUCAUGAUAAUAAUAGUGGUAAUAAUAAAUUUAUUCCAUAUCCAGUACCACAAUGCUCUUGUAUGAAUGAAUCGAUGUCAUGUGUUGAAGGGCAAUCUACAACGACAACCAAUACUACUUCAACUACUAAUUCAUCCAAUAAUUGUUGGUCAUUAAUUUCAUUAGCUGCACGUGAAGCAAUUGGAAUGGCUGAAACUAGUCGAUUUGAUGAACAACAUUAUUCGCUAACAUCUAAUUGGCAACGUCAUAAAAGAUCUACGCGAAUUCAAGAGAUUUUAUCUAAAAGUUAUAAUUCUACAAAAUUUCAUCAUCAUCAUCAUCAUCAUGAUCAUCAUAAGUCACUUCAUCAAUCCACUCGAAGGCAAAAGUCUACCACAAAAUAUUCACAAGAUUUAAAUGAAUUAUUUCAAAGAAAAUAUAAAAAAUUACAAACUGAUUUACAAAAUGCAUAUCAAUGUAAAUUUGAACAUUUAGGUCAUUCAUUAUAUCGUUCAAAUUCAUUAAAAGAUUAUACUUCUGAUAUACAAUCACCAUCAUUUUGUUCAGUAUUUCUACAAGGUUCUCAUAAUUCACGUUUAGGUUUACGUCGUAAUGGUUCUAGUGAAUAUUUUGAUCAAUCUUCUCCUACUAGUUCAAUAUUAUCACAAAGUGUUUAUAGAUCAUCACCAUCACCAACGAAUUCUUUGAAUUUUGGUACAUCUUCAUCCUCCUCCUCUUCAUCGCCUCUAUCAACGACAGGACAUCAGAAUAGCAGUUGUGCUGCUGGUGGUGGUGUUUUUGUUCAAUCUGUCAUACCUGUGGAUCCAAUUCUAGGCUUUGAACCAAAAUGUUGUCAAAUUGCACGAUAUCGCCGAUGGCUUCUAGAGCCUAUUCAUCAUCAAAAUUAUCAAAUCAGAUCUUCGACAACACCUGGCCAUAAUAACAUUAGUAACAUAUUGAAUAAUAAUAGUACAGAGAGUUUCAUUCCAUCCAAAACUAUAAAUCAAUGUCCUAAUUGUAAGCAAAUACUCGUUUCAAUGAAUAAUAUUUAUUUAAAUGAAGAAAGUCUACUUUCAAAUCAAUCCAUUUGUCCCAUUUGUAAAACAUCAUUGAUGCCAAAUCAUUCUUCCAAUUUUUCAAACGAUAAUAAAACAGUCAAUUCAACAAAUCAGUAUUCUAAAGUAUCUUAUCCUUACGAGUCAAAUAAUAAUAAUAAUUAUGAUAAUAAUGAAAAUAAUCUUAAAUAUAUUUGUCCAAUAUGUCAUUUUGCUACUGAAAAUCAUCCAUUAAUUCGUCGAUUGAAACAAUGUGGUGAAGAAGCUUUUGGACAUGUUUGUGAAUUUCAAACACGUGAAGAUUUAGCUAGUUUAAUGUCAAAUACACAUGUUCUACGUUUACAAUCAUUGCUUAUACGUUUACGUAUAUUAGGUCCAGAUCAUCCAGAUACUAUUUAUUUUAUCCGUUAUCGUGGAGCAAUUUAUGCAGAUGCUGAUAAUUUUCAUCAAUGUUUAAGUUUAUGGCGUUAUGCAUUAGAAUUACAACGUACAUUUGUUGAACCAUUAUGUCAUGUAUCACAAGCUGCAUUUGUUAGUUUUGCUGAAUUAUUUCAUUUUGUAUUAACAAAUAAUUGUAUUGGUUUACCAGCAAAAGAUUUAGAUCCAACAUUAAUUGUUGAUUGUUUAGAAUUAGCUGUAGAUAAUAUUGAACGUGGAAUGGAUUAUUCAUUUUAUCAUUGGCAUCAUCGACAUCCAUGGUCAUAUACAGCAGCUGAUAAAGAAGCAAUUAAUUUAAUGCGUCAUGUAUCAUUAUGUUUACAUUUUAUAGCAAUGAUACUUAUUCAUUAUAUGCCAAAUUGUAAAGCUUUACCAACAUUACGUUCUAUUCGACGUCAUUUACCAGAUUUAACACAAGUAGUUGAAGAGUAUUUUAAUGAAUCCUUACAAAACUCUACAUUGAAUUCAUCAAAUAUGAUGCUAAAUCGACAAGAGUACAUUAAUAAUAAUAGUAAUAAUAUUGAAAAUGAAUCACAAACGGAUAGUUUAUCUAAUAAUGAUAUGAAAAAACGUAUGCCAAUUGAAUUGAAACAACGAUUUUUUCGUCAAGUAUAUAGAUUAGUCAAAUUAGAUCCAAGAGUACAUCGUGGUCAAAGUUUAAUACAUUUAGCUUGUUCACCAGAAACUUCAACUGUUGGUCGUUUUGUUAUUUGUACAUUUCCAAAUGUUAAUGUAUUAUCAUUGUUAUUUGAAUUAGGCGCUGAUGCUAAUUGUGCUGAUGUUGAUGGACAACGUCCUAUUGGUCAUGUUUUAGCACAACGUCGAUUAAAAAGUUCUGAACAUGUAUGUAUAUAUAUAUAUGUGUGAUUGUGAACAUUUUGUUGUUUUUGUUUUGUUUUCUACUUUUCAGGUAUUUAGUUGAAUCUAGGAAGUGUAUUUGUAUCCAUAUUUUGUGGAUUGACCAUUUCAAUAUUCCAUUGAAAUUCCUAUACACAUAGUAGCCCAUAUAACACGGAUUGAAACGGAUUCAUUUCAUUAAAUAAAGAAGAAUCUUUGAGUCCUUGUUCAAACACAAUUAAAAAACACUUAAUUGCAGAAGUGUGGAGGUUUUUCCGUUUAUAAUUUUAAGUAGAGCAAAAAUUUUAACAACUGCAUUUAUGAGUCGACCUAGGCUAGAAGACGAUUGAAAACCCGGAAGCACUGGAUUCCGUUUCGUCUUAGUAUGAGACUCCUCAGUGGUGUGCAUUCAUGAUAUUUCACGCAAGACCUUUGGUCUCGCGCACGAAUGCUUAACCUCUAGACCACCUAGCCGGCAUCCAACAGUGUUAAUGUCUAACUUCGGUUGAUUCAUGCUCUUGCCGAACCCUUCAUAUAUUAUCUGAGGUGGAUAAGUAUCUCCACUAGUAACGGCUUUUCACUAGAACUUCAGGAGUCCCAUUUUGAAGUUAGUCACUAGUGAGCAUGUAAUUAUUAUGAGAAUAAGGAUUUGUGAGGAUUGUAGUAAUUUUAACAGUUGAAUGCAUGAACUGAUCUACAAUCUUCACAAAUCCACAUUUUAAUGAAGCAAAAUAACAAAUUUAGCUGAUGAGUUCACUUUAAUGUCAUAGAUUCGCAUCAACCGUUACUUAUAACCUAGAGAAAAUAACCUGCUUCGGUCUGGGCAGCCGGGUAGUAACACAGCCCAUACACAAAUCAAGUAACUUGUGUGGUGCAUAUGCAUUCGGUCCCCCUUGUACGAAUACUUAUGUGUUCAAAUAAUGCACGUAAUUUAUAUAAUCUUAAAUUGAAGAUUAGGCGAAUAAUGACAACAGUUAUGUUAGGAUCAUCAAGUCAUAUGAUAGAGUGCAUGAAUAUUUACUAUAGAAAGUCUAGUAGGAGAAUUUUACAACACAUGAAAACAUGUUGAUGCCGAAGUUACGUAACAAUAACUGUAAAAUGAGUAGGGAGACUUGGAAAAUCUUGUCUGAUUUAAAUUUCAACCUACUUUUAUAGUGCUAUGAGUAUCACAGGGACGGAUAUUACUCUUGUCGAAGAAAUUCAGGUAGCUCUCAAACUGGGUGACAAGACUAUGACCGACAAAUGUUAUAUUUCUGGGGAAUGUCAUGCUAACUUGUUUGGUAUUGACUAGAUCCGUAAAUUUCAUUUAUGAGACCCGCCUUUAUACACUAUUUGUUAUACGACUAAUUCAUCGGAAUCUCAAUCACUUACAAAAAGAGUCUCUUAAGGAAUCAUUGUCUGCCAUAUCCUUCAUCCACUUGCAGCGAAAUGAGACUCGCCACAUUGCCAGCAAGACAGCUUAGGCUUUAUUCGGCAUGAGAUUCGCUAGAAUUACAUAUUAUUAUUUCCAUUAAAAGACUUUCGCAAAGCACUGUCUUCUGCAUGUGCACUGUUUCUCUCUACCAGAUUUGUAUCAUGCUUCAAAUUCACCAUCCUUUGUCAUUCUUCUGAUGCUGACUUUACGCUGGUAUUGGGAUCUACGUUGAUCCCCGCUAAAAUCCGUGUUCUGAUGUCUAUCUACUACAGAUCGUAGCCCACACACAAAAAUAUUACAUCUAAAGUGGUCUGGCGACAUUUCCUGUUUACGGAACCGACCACAUUUCUGGUUCACGAUGUUGGCAUACGUCACUUAGUCGUCCUAUAAUGUUUUCACAAGCUGAACACACUGGUAUCUAGUGUGAAAAAUUGAUGAUCGUUCCCCCAAAUAUAUGUGUCAGGCACUCUACUGUUCCCAGGAAGGUUAGAUCGGCAGGAUUCUUUGGGAGAAUGAAACUACAAAACUAUUCAUGUUCAAAAACUCUGAGUUUUCAUAGUAAUAAUCUGUUUUGAGCCUUUGUCCCACUUUUUGCAAUCAUAGCGCUUAAACCACCCCCCAAAAGUAUUUCUCCCCUUCUGAAUCAAAUACAGAUUCGCUUGUUGAAUUCGCAAUAGUAUCCGAAAUCAUAAUAGAAUUAGGUACCUGGGUUUUUGAAGAUAUCGACAUACUCUUUGCUGUUGCAAUAAUGAUUUCAGAUUAUUCAUUUUAUUGAUGUAAAAUGCACUUUAACUGAAUAUAUGAGUGUAGGUCCGUUUUAAUCACCGUCGCCACUGAAAUGACUCUCAGUUUUCUCCUUUACAUCAAUGGGACAAUAAUUUGCCUUAGAUGAAUAUCUACACUAGAUAAUACACUUCCGGUGUCUAUUAUACAAGGUUUCAGCACAACUAAUAUCAAGAACACGUGACUAGUCUGACUAGAACGUGAGUAUAUUUCAACGUCAACAAUCGACAACAUUAAUAAUAAAAGGGUGUCGGAAAAUAAAUAACACACCUGAUACCUAUCAGACUAUUUACUAGCUUAACUACGUAAACAACUAGUCGCUAUUUUCGUCGCCUAUGUAUCAUUUGUUAACUUAUUUCCUUAGAGACAUUACCUAAUGUUUCUUGUUAGUGGACUAUGUGACAUGGACGAUUGUUGUUUCGCGUGAAAUUGAAUUCUGUGUGAUAGUCAAUUGUCACCAGAUUGUGGAUAUACCCCAGCUAAUGAGUCCCAACAACUAACAUGAAAAAGGUUUCAUAUAUUUUUUUUGGAUCAAUUCACUUAUUGAUCACUUUUUCAAUUGAAUCUGAUCAAUACUUGUGAAUCCAACAACAUUCAACAUUGAAGUAGUAUUCAAUAACUGACUCUCUCUUUAAAUAUAUUUAUUUUCUCAUUCGUAUGUUAUCCAUUUUUUGUUGUUGGUAGGCCUCACUUGUUCAUACUCUGGUUAAAUGUGGCGCUCAUUUAGAUGCAACCAAUCGAAAUUCUUUAACUAUCCUCUACAAACGUUUUCAUCAUGUCCUCUUGGAAUCUCAUGUACAAAUUUUGGAUCAUGUGACUUUAGCUUGUCGUGCUGCUCGUGUAGCAAAUCAUUAUGGAUUAACUGCAUCAAAUCCAUCAGUUCAAGCUUAUUUACCAAAUAAUUUAUUAUUUUUCUUACAAAUGCAUCAGUAAACAAGUAAAUACGGGCAGGGGUUUAAACGACUACAUGGUUAUAGGUUUUUUUUCUACUUUAAAUUAAAACUAAAACAUUUGUUUACCCUAAAUGGUUGGUUGUUCACCUCUCUCCCCUGUUCCCAGUUUUCUCAAAGCUGAAUUCGAUCGUUAAUCAUAUUAAAUGAACUAUUCAAAAAAAAACAGCACAAUAUCCAUGUACACAACUACUUCCUCCCCCCUUAUUAUUAUUGUUUUAAUCUCUUUAUAUGAGUUGUUUGCCGCUGCCCCCCCUCUCUCUCUCCCUCCCAGUUUCUAUCCAUUCCUCCUACACAUAUUUAAACACAGAAACCUUUAUACCCAUUGCGCCAACAUGUUGCUAUGACAUAUAAAUGCCGUUUGUUUUUUUAAGUGUUUGAUUCAAUUUGGUUAAUUUAGUAAAAUAUUUUUUUGAUUUUUGAUUGUGUGUGAUAUUUAUUAUUGAAGCCCAUUAGUUUACUGUGACUAGUAUUAAUACUACUAUUACUAUUAUUAUGAUUUUUUUUUCUAUUUUUCUUUGUUUCCAUGGCUAUGCAGACACACACAUAUUUCUUUCUGUACAGAUUUUUUUUAAAAAAUGGAUUAAUGAAUACUUUGAUAUUGCAUACAAUAAGAGAAUAGAGAG